AGACAGCUUCGUCAACAACGGUUCGACCACUGUUUGAGCGACGCCAGCAGGACCCUCAGUCCAUCUCGGAUUCUACUCGUUCCAUGAUCCUACACAUCAUGACCUUACGUAACGAUUCCAGCCGUGGCGGAGGCUUGCUCUACCAAACUCUCCUGAAAGUGUCUUGCAAGCCUCCUGCUCCUCAUGGCGGCCGAGAUCGCUUUCCACAAGACUCCAGAAAGGCAUCAGAGCCGAUGGCUUUUCCUUCAAAAGACGGUGGACCGCCGUGUCUGCGGUGGAUCUGCCAUUUCUAACGCAAUGUCGAUGAGAGAUCGUCGUCAAUAAAUUGAGAGAUAUCCUGCGUCUGCAGUACUAAAUCACUUGGCGACGACUGUCACUGGAGUGUUGCAAGCACAAGCUGCAGGCCACGACACACCAUGAAGCUUGUCCAGAACAUAGCGGGCUUUCCGCGCCUGCUGCUGGCCGGGAACCCCUCGAAACUCGACCUUGGCAUGCUUGGGGUGGGUAUACUCAGUGCAAUUGCAUCGGGCGUGCCUUUUCCUUUGAUCGGUAUUAUCUUUGGCCAGCUUCUCGAUGACUUCAACUCGGCAACGUGCAGUGCAUCCAGCACAUCCGAGUCCGAUUCCGACUACCAAGGCAGCAUCAACGACAAGAUCUUGUUAAUCGUGUACUUGGCGAUAGCCCAGUUCGUGCUGAUCUAUGUGCACCUUUCGUUUUGGACUCUGAACGGCGCUCGUCUCGCCCAGCGACUACGGGAAACCUAUCUACAGAAUUUGCUACGACAAGAGCCGUCUUUCUUUGACAAUCUUCCCCCAGGAGAGGUUGCUUCUCGACUUAAUGGCGACAUCCAGACCAUUCGCUCGGGCACAUCCGAGAAAGUGGGCAUUUGCCUUGCAAGCUUUUCCUUCUUCGUCACAGCCUACAUCGUCGCUUUUAUCAAGGACUCCAAGCUAGCGGGAAUGUUGGUCUCGUUGAUUCCGGCCUACUUCUUGAUGUCAUUUGUUGGAAGUCAUUAUAUUGAGAAAUAUUCCGGUCUUAUGUCAAAUUACGCCGCUACCGCCGCAUCGAUUGCAUCGGAAGCCCUGUCCAACUUUGUGGUGGUACAGGCAUUUAGCGCCAAUGCUCGACUCGAAGAGAAGUUUUCCAAAGCGCUAAAGUCGUCGGAACAUGAGGGUCUGAAGAAGGCUACAGCAGUCGGUAUACAGUCGGGCGUCUUGUACUUUAUCGCUUACUCUGCAAAUGGCCUUGCGUUUUGGGAGGGAAGUAGGAAAAUCGCCCAGGCAGUUGCAGAUGACUCGAGCGGAACCACUGUUGGAGCCACUUUCACAGUCAUAUUUAUUCUUGUCGAAGCGACUUUGCUUUUGAGUCAAGUCGCACCCUUCCUUCAUCUGUUCACAGCUGCGGUGGCAUCUUUCGAAAAGUUGCGCGGAGACAUUGAUCGCCAGCCAUUGAUUGAUGGUACGGCUACUUCGGGUCUUCGACUCUCACAGGCAGAGGGUGGAUUUGAGCUGAAGGAUGUUUCGUUCACCUAUCCAUCCAGACGAGAGGUUACUGUACUUGAUAAAGUCAGUCUUUCGAUUCCCGCCAACAAGCAUACUGCCAUCGUAGGCCUUUCAGGGAGUGGCAAAUCUACCAUUGCAGGGCUAGUCACAAGGUUGUAUGAUCCAACGGCGGGACAAAUCUUCUUUGACGGUCACGAUCUUCGAGAAGUCAAUACUCGUGACCUGAGAAGCUUUCUCAGCCUGGUCCAGCAAGAACCUUCCCUACUCGACCGGUCUCUCCUCGAAAACAUCGCACAUGGCUUGAUGAAUUCUGGUGACCCCAACCAUAACCAUCUAAAACCAAUCCUGUUGGGCUCUGCUCUUGCAGAGCUGGCAGGAGAAGUGAGAGAAGGUCAGGACUUGAUGCAAGCGGCAGAGAAGCAUGGCUCUGAAGUUCUCGAAAUCGUCAUCUUAGUACAAGAAGCUGCUAGGCUCGCAGAUGCAGAUGCUUUCAUUUCUGCAUUGCAGCACGGAUAUGGCACGGUUGUUGGAUCCAGCGGACGUCUGAUUAGUGGUGGUCAAAAACAAAGAGUAUCUCUUGCGCGUGCUCUUGUCAAGAACCCAGCAGUACUUAUCUUGGAUGAAGCAACAGCUUCCUUGGACUCAAGAAGCGAGCAGCGCAUCCAACAGGCUAUCUCGAACAUUGCCAGUGGAAGAACCGUGAUCACCAUCGCCCAUCGAUUAUCGACAAUCACCAGCGCUGACAAUAUCGUCGUUAUGCACAAGGGCCAUAUUGUGGAGCAAGGAGAUCAUUCAACGCUGAUGGCGAAGAAUGGUUCUUAUGCCGAGCUGGUCAAGUUGCAAACUCUCCGUUCUGCAUCCGACAAGAACGAAACAGCUAGUCUUGGUAGCACCAGCAAGACGCAGGCCUCCUCAACAGAAGACGAACUCGAGUCGAGCCAUUCAAAUGGCCUUGGAGAAGCCGAGAAAAAGAUGCCCUCAGCAACUGAAACUCAGGUCGUCGACAUUCCUGAAGAGGCGGACGAACCAGAAACUCCACCAAAAUCCCUAUGGGCUCUUGUGCGAGGAUACGCCCCAGCCCUAAGGCCACACCUGCUCUUCAUCUUUGCCGCACUUCUUGGCUCGAGCAUUGUCGGAGGAGCAUUCUCUGGCGAGGCCGUGAUUUUUGGAAACACUGUCGGAAGUCUGAACCCGUGCAACAGCCCGGACGAUAUCCGAUCCAAAGGUAACUUCUUUGGGCUUAUGUUCUUCGUUCUUGCAAUCAUCGAAUUCUUUGCAAAUGUGGCUAGUUGGGCGGGAUUCGGAUGGGUCUCUGAGAAAGUGGUAUACACUGUCAGGGUCUUGUCAUUCCGGUCACUGCUAGAGCAAGAUCUGCAGUGGCAUCAAUCGAAAGGCCGAACACCUCCUUUGCUACUUUCUUAUAUCACCAGGGAUGGCAACGCGUUGGCUGGACUGAGCGGUUCUGUGAUUGGGACACUAUUCUCCAUCACAGUCAACCUCAUCGCUGCCAUCAUAUUGACGCAUAUCAUUGCCUGGAGGAUCGCUUUGGUUUGCCUGGCUUUGGUACCACUUCUCCUGGGUGCCGGCCUCAUGGAGCUCCACGUGCUUGGGAAAUUCGAGGAACGUCAUGAGAAUGCGUAUACCAAGUCGGUUGACAUUGGUGUCGAAGCAGUCACUUCUAUCAAGACAAUUGCUUCACUUUCUCUCGAGGAAGAAACGCUAAAGACAUAUCAGCGGUCUUUGAAAGGUCCUCGCAAGGAGACACUCACAGUUACCUUGCAAGCAAGUCUUUGGCAGGCAAUGACAUACUUCCUGGGCAAUCUCGUCAACGCACUGGCAUAUUGGUGGGGAUCCAAACAGAUCUUGGCAGGCAACUAUACUCAGACGCAGUUCCUGAUAGUGGUCUUCUCUCUUCUUGUCAGUGCCCUACUUUGGAGCCAAAUGUUUGCCCUCGCACCAGAGCUUUCCAGUGCUCGAGCAGCAAUGGCGAGACUACUUGGACUCAUUGAGAUAGGAUCCGAUAAAAUGACAGGCCAUGCACACCCUGUCUCUCCAACGACACCCUCUUCCAUUGAGGAAAAAUCCCUCGAAGCAGCUACCGAGCCAAACAGCACAGCAUCAGCCGUCCACCUCCAAAACAUCCACUUCUCCUACCCUGCCCGACCAGACAUCAAAGUCCUCAGCGGCCUAAACAUCAACAUAAAACCCGGCCAAUUCGCCGCCCUCGUCGGUCCCAGCGGCGCAGGAAAAUCAACAAUCAUUUCCCUCGUCGAACGCCUCUAUACACCACAAUCAGGCUCUAUCCUCAUCGACGGCCGCGACAUCACAUCCCCAGACUGCUCCACAACCUUCCGCAACUCCAUCGCCCUCGUGCCCCAGGAAUCUGUCCUUUUCGAGGGAACCAUCAAAUUCAACAUCGCCCUCGGCUCCCGGCCAGGCCACGAAGCCUCCUUGUCCGAAAUAGAAGAAGCCUGCAAACUGGCCAACAUCCACGAUACCAUCGUCGCCCUUCCGGACGGCUACGACACUCUUUGUGGGCCCAACGGGAACCAAUUCUCUGGUGGACAAAAGCAACGUCUCUCGAUUGCGCGUGCGCUUGUCCGUAAGCCCAAACUACUCAUUCUGGACGAGUCAACGAGCGCUCUCGACGCGGAGUCUGAGAAGUUACUGCAGGAUGGACUUGAAAAGGCCGCGCAGGGAAUCACGGUUAUUGCGAUCGCGCAUAGACUACAUACGAUCCGGAAGGCGGAUGUCAUCUUCUUGAUAGAAGGGGGUGUUUGUAUCGAUGCGGGGAGUCAUGACGAACUGUUGGAGAGGUCGGAGAGUUAUAGGGCUAAUGUUUUGCACCAGACGGUUGCUACUUGAGUCUUCACUUGGUUUUGUUGCAUUCGUUUUUUUUUUCUUUGCAUUGAUUUCGCUGAGAAUCUAGCUUGAAGGAACAUACUUUAAAGUUUAUAGUUAAUCAGUAAUGGACAUGUUUGCCUUGUG